GCAGCCACAGCUGCUCUGGGCACCCUGUGCCAGGGCCUGCCCACCCUCACAGGGAAAAAAGAAAUGGAAGGUUGUGGAAACUCCUCUAAAAACAACUAAAAGUGAGAAAUCUUUUGAAAGAUGUUAAGGCACCUGGAGCUUUAAAUUCUCCUGAAAACAAGACAGGAACAAAUUCUGGGAAGACUUAAUGCUGGAGAGAACACACUCCAUGAGGUGAGGGGGCACCGCAUGGUUGUCCUCAGGGACAUUCUGCUCCUGGCGCAGUUUUCCAGAGGCUGUCUGGCCCCUGCAAACCAGCCAGGCUCCUCAUUUAGACAUUAUCACUGAUACAUCAACAACUGGGGUACAGAUAUUUAGGGUGAAACAGGUGUUCCCUGGCCUGUGCCCUCGGGUCACUCCCACCUCUCGUGGUCUCCAAACUUGUUCUGAGGGAAGUGACCCUUCCCUCUCUGCGUUUCUGGGCUGCCCGCUCCCGAAAUCCGGGGCUGCUGUUGGAAUGUCAGCAGAGACUGGCGAUAGUCAUUCUGAAAGGGCUCCUGGAGGGAAGGCUCGUGCAGGAAAACUCAACAUUUAAACAGAGCUCAGAGGAAAUAAAUAACAGUGGGACUGGAGAUCAGAGCUGUUCCAGCUGGAUAGGGCUGUUUUCCCUGGUAAUCCACAAAGGCCUUGUGCUUGGGCCGUGUGCUUGCAAUCUUCCACCGACAUGAAAAGGAAAUCUCUGCUGAUCUCUCUUGCAGGUGCCUUCCCAGCCUCGGGAUGUCUCUGGAUAUCACCUUCCUGGGCACGGGCUCAGCCUACCCCUCCCCAGCCCGGGGAGCGUCGGCGCUGGUGCUGCGCAGGGAAGGGCAGUGCUGGCUCUUCGACUGCGGGGAGGGGACGCAGACACAGCUCAUGAGGAGCCACCUCAGAGCAGCCAGAAUUACCAAGAUUUUCAUAACUCAUCUUCACGGCGACCACUUCUUUGGACUUCCUGGGCUGCUGUGCACCCUCAGCCUCCAGAGUAACGCUGACCCCAACAAGCCACCUGUGGAUAUUUAUGGGCCCUUGGGACUACGGAGCUUCCUGUGGAGGAGUCUGGAGCUGUCCCACUCACAGCUCCUCUUUCCCUACACUGUCCACGAGCUCGUCCCUACGCGGGACCAGUGCCCCGCAGAAGAAUUCAAGGACUUUUCUGGCUUGGACAGAGACGAGGCAACUCGCCAGGGGCCUCCAGGGAGAGUUCUGCACCUGGAUCCAGGAGAAGACUCCUACUUGCUGGUGGAGGAUGAGCAGCUGGUUGUGAGAGCGUUCCGCCUCUUCCACCGCAUCCCCUCCUUCGGCUUCGUGCUGGAAGAGAAGCCCCGGCCUGGGAGGCUCAACGUGCAGAAACUGAAAGACCUUGGAGUCCAGCCGGGUCCCUUGUAUGGGAAACUGAAGAGUGGGACUGCAGUUGUUCUAGAAGAUGGGGCAACAAUUUCUCCUGCUGAUGUCUUGGAAGCGCCCAUUCCUGGCAGGAAGAUCUGCGUCCUGGGCGACUGCUCGGGGGCGCCGGGGGCCGGCGCGGCGCGGCUGUGCCGCGAGGCAGACGUGCUGGUGCACGAGGCCACGCUGGACGACACCCAGCAGGACAAGGCCCGGGAGCACGGGCACAGCACGCCCGCAAUGGCUUCGGAAUUCGCGCAGCUGUGUGGGGCCAAGAAGCUGGUGUUGACUCACUUCAGCCAGAGGUACAAACCCGCUGGCCAGGGAGGGCAGGGCGACGCGGACGUCACCCUGCUGAAGAGGCAGGCAGAGUCCGCGCUGCGUGGCCAAGAAGUGACGCUGGCUGAGGACUUCAUGACAAUAGAAAUUCCACUGAAAAAGUGAUAACGGUGGUGCCAGCGAGCUGUCUGCGGGCACGGGGAGCGGGGCGGCGCUGGAGGGAGCGCUGCUGCUGCUGCUGCUGCUGCUGCUGCUGCUGCUGCUGCUGCUGCUGUCCCAACCAGCUCUGCUCCAUGGAGUGCAGGAGUCGCUGCAAACUGCACCGAGUUGUGCUGCUUUUGUAAAGCAGGAGGAAAGGAUGGUCCAGCACCUGGAACCUGGAAUGAAUUCCUAAGUGACAGACACCCAGCCUGCCCAGAACAAGUGAAUUCCCAAGUGACAGACACCCAGCCUGCCCAGAACAAGUGAAUUCCUAAGGGACGGACACCCAGCCUGCCCAGAACAAGUGAAUUCCCAAGUGACGGACACCCAGCCUGCCCAGAACAAGUGAAUUCCCAAGUGACGGACACCCAGCCUGCCCAGAACAAGUGAAUUCCCAAGUGACGGACACCCAGCCUGCCCAGAACACAAACAGCCCGAGCCUCCCCAGCCCGGGGCCUUUCCUCGGGCGCAGACUCCUGGGGCACAGCACGGGGUUGUUUGGCUCAAUGUGCCCCUCAGGAGGGCUCCUCUGCGUGGCAUUUCUGGCGUCUUGCCCAUUAAAAACCUCUGGAUAACAUCUCUGUCAGACCAGUGCACAGGAUUUUGGCACUGUUACUGAUUUGUGUGUGAGGGGAUGCCAAAAUUAAUAAAGCAUUGGGAGCUCUGCCGAGUGUUUGUAACUGGGGGUGUUGCUGUGCUCAAGGACAGGAGCUCUUCUAAUUCUCCACCUGCAUGUGAAGUUUUCUCAUAAAUAAAUGGAGUUUUUAGGCUUCC